CGAUGAAGAAGAGUGCUAAAGUUAUUGAAGCCCUCACCUUCUAUUGCUCUGUGAUUCUGUGUUUGAAGCUGGGCCUCUCACAAAGCAACACAACAGAGCCAGUGAAGGUGGGAGUUUUGCUUGAUCUUGCCCAAACAACCGGCAAGAUAGGAUUGAGCUGCAUCAGCAUGUCCCUCUCUGACUUCUAUGCCUCUCAUUCUCAUUACAGAACUAGGCUCGUCUUCAAUGUCAAGGACUCUCGCAGAGGCGUCGUUGCUGCCGCUGCCCAAGCCAUGGAUCUCAUAGAAACAGAGGAAGUGCAAGCCAUAAUAGGACCGUUGACAUCGAUGCAGGCCAACUUUGUGAUCAGUCUAGGAAACAGAGCUCGUGUGCCCAUUGUAACAUUCUCAGCAACGAGUCCUUAUCUUGCUUCACUUGGGAGUCCAUAUUUUUUUCGAUUUGCACAAAAUGAUUCGGCUCAAGUGAAUGCCAUUAGAGCGAUCGUGGAAGCUUUUGGGUGGAAAGAAGCAGUGCCCAUUUACAUCGACAACGAUUAUGGGAAGGGGGUCAUACCCUUCUUAACUGAUGCUCUGCAACAAGUGAAUGUACGAAUCCCAUAUCUCAGUGCCAUUUUCCCUUCAGCCACUGAUGAAGAUAUUACAGAAGAGCUCUACAAGCUAAUGACCAUGCAAACCAGAGUGUUCAUUGUUCACAUGUCUUCUGAUCUUGGCUCCACUCUCUUCACCUUAGCACAGAAGAUUGGAAUGAUGGCAGAGGGAUAUGUUUGGAUCAUCACUAACGGUUUGGCAAAUGAGUUGAGCUCUUUGAAUUCCUCUGUGAUAGAAUCAAUGCAGGGUGUAUUGGCAGUGAGGACCUAUAUUCCCAAAACGAAAGAGCUAGAGGAUUUUAAGGUUCGAUGGAAAAUAAAGUUCCUGCAAGACAAUCCAACUUUUGCUGGUUCAAAUUUGAAUGUUUUAGGGCUCUGGGCUUAUGAUGCUACCACCGCAUUAGCUAUGGCGGUUGAGAAAGUUGGCACCACAAACUUCGUCUUCCUGAAGACCAGAGCUUCAGUAAACUUGACUGGUCUUGAAAGGCUCGGAGUUUCGGUAAAUGGAGAAAAUCUUCGUGAAGCAUUAUCAAACACCAUAUUCAGAGGCCUAAGUGGAGAGUUCAAAGUUGGUGACGAGCAGUUGCAAACAUCGACAUUUGAGAUUACUAAUGUGAUUGGUAACGGAGAAAGGAGGAUAGGAUUUUGGACAUCACAGAGGGGACUAGUUAGAAGGCUGGAUUCAACGAACACAAGCAUAAAUUCUUUAUCCAAAAACAGUUUUGGACCAAUCAUAUGGCCAGGGGAUACUCACUCUAUUCCAAAGGGUUGGGACAAUCCUACAAAUGCUCAAAAGAUGAGGAUUGGAGUUCCAGUGAGAACUGGUUACACUGAAUUAGUGAAAAUAACUCACGAUCCUAUCACUAAUAGAACCGAAGUCACUGGCUUCUGCAUAGAUUUAUUCAAGGCUAUGUUAAAAGUUUUGCCUUACUUUCUGCGAUAUGAAUUUAUCCCAUUUGCAAAGCCCAAUGGUGAACCUGCAGGGUCAUACAGUGAGUUGAUAAGCCAAGUCUAUUAUGGGAAAUAUGAUGCAGUGGUGGGGGAUGUAGCAAUUAUAGCAAAUAGAUCGAACUAUGUGGAUUUCACAAUGCCAUACACAGAAUCAGGAGUAACUAUGAUUGUUGCACUCAAAGAUGACAGGAAGAAGAAUGUAUGGGCAUUCUUGAAGCCAUUAACUAGUGACCUCUGGGCAACAGCUGGUUGUUUCUUCGUGUUCAUUGGUUUUGUUGUUUGGAUCCUGGAACAUCGAGUAAACAAAAGUUUUAGAGGUCCUCCUUCGCAUCAGAUUGGCACCAGCUUGUGGUUUUCUUUCUCAACCAUGGUGUCAUCUCAUGGGGAGAAAGUGGUGAGCAACUUGGCCAGAUUUGUAGUGAUCAUAUGGAUUUUCGUAGUAUUAAUUCUAGUUCAAAGCUAUACUGCGAGUCUCACAUCAUUGUUGACAGUUGAGCAGUUACGCCCAGCAGUUACAAAUGUUAAUGAAUUGGUAAAUAGAAAGCUAAACGUGGGCUGCAGAAAAAAUUCUUUUGUGGAAAAGCUAUUGAAAGGAGUGGGCGUUCAAGAUUACCAAUUCAAAUACUUCAAUUCAACAGAAGAUUGCAAUGAUCUUUUGACAAAAGGUAGUGAAAAUGGAGGCAUUGCUGCUGCCUUCGAUGAAAUUCCUUACGCAAAACUCUUUAUGGGAACCUACUGCUCUAAGUUCGUCUCGCUGGGAACAAUUUUUAAAACUGGAGGCCUUGGCUUUGUCUUUCCUAAGGGUUCUCCUUUCGUUGCUGAGAUUUCAAGGGCAAUACUGAAUGUAACUCAAGGGGCUGAAAUGAGAAAAAUAGAGAACGCAUGGUUCAAUAAAAACAGUUGUGUGCAGUCGGGUGCUCCAGUUUCUUCUGAUAGUCUAGGCCUUGAGAGCUUUUGGGGUUUGUUUCUCAUUGCAGGAAUUUCUUCAGCAGUAGCACUCACCAUCUUUACCAUUGAAUUCUUAAAUGAGAAUAGACAUAAUUGGGCAGUGCACUACAAUCCCAGGAUUUCAAUCUGGAGACGACUUGUGAUAUUGCUAAAGAUAUUUGACCAGAGAAAUGAGGACUCUCACACCUUUAAGAAGAAGGAAGUGCGAGAUAGGAGGGAAGGUGGUAGUAGUAAUCAUGGAUUGGAUGUAGAAGCGUCUCCAGCAUCACCCUGCCCUCCAAGUCCCUCAUGCCAGGCUGAAUCAAACUUUUCAUUUGAGGGAGAUCAUGCAAAUGGUUUCAGGAGAGGCUGAUCCGAAUGUUCAUGAACCUCAAGACUUGGAAUAACCAUCUUGCACGAUAUAACAUCUCAUAUAGCAACACAUCUGUUUAGCAAGGCAAAUCAUAGCACAUGUAUACAUCACUGACACACAUGAGCUACCGUAAGCUAGCAAGUUAUGAAUGGUCCGUAGCGCCUCGCCCUUGUUCUGUAGUGCAUGCUUUUCAUUUUUUAUUGAUAUCCCACCAAGUAGUGGCGGA